GUGAAACGUUACAAGCCCUAUGUUACAGACUAAUAUCUAGCUGUAUCGUUAGAAAUGGUCUUUCUUGAAGCUAUUUCUCGCAUAACUCAGUAUUGUGUGAAACGAUGAUCUAUUGUAUACACACGUAGUUUUAUAAUGAUUAAUGAGUUAGCUUUAUCAAAUACUGUAACUUAAUCUCUUUCUUUCCUCUUUUCCCGCCUAAUUUAAUAAUUAUCUUUCACAUGAACUUCUUAUGUUUGUGUUGAAGUUCUCUUAUGUGAUACAAGUGAAAUGAAAUUAUAGAACCAUAUAAAACUAUCGUUAUAUAUUGGUAAUUUGUUUCAAAAUAUAAUUUUAUUUUCAACUCGAGUUGUACUUGAAAAAGCAAACUGUCUGCUGUAUUUGUUGGCAGUGUAAAUAUUAUUUUUUUUUAUAAGUAUAAUUUUAUUUAUGUGUAAGAAAAGCUGAGCUCAGCACAUUUUGACUUGUAUAUAUACUUGAAGUGCUGUUUUCAAUGAGAUGGUUCAAACUGAACACGUGUUUUAUGUUGCUUUACGCUCUCUACUAAAUUUAUCGCCAUUACUUGCGUUAAGUGGAGUCGGAGCAGUAGGAAACUAUGUUCUGCCAUCGAAAAUGUGUUGCAAUAUCCUGUUUUUGCCUCGCCUUUUCUGUUCUGUUGAUAGGAAUGUUGUGUCUUGGUCUACGUGUGUGUCCUGCUCACGUGACAAUAGCUUCACUGACCUCUGGAAGUGCAGCCUUAAUAACUGGAGUUUUGAUCACAUCGACUGCCUUCUAUGGUAGAUGGAAGAAGACGAAGAAGAAUGCUAAAAUAAAAACGGAAAGUACGACAGAAGGAAUUCGAAUGUUGGCAGUUAAGCCAAUCGAAGAGAUAUGAGUUCCAGCGAAAAUGUACUGGUAUGGAUAAUUGUUAUUGCUGGCUACAAUCAAGAAAGAAGGAAGAACACAGACCUUUGUUAAAGGAUUUGAGAAAUUUGUUGUCUGUGCUCUGUUUGGGGUCUUGGAAGUAGCUGUCAUCAACAGGAUAUAUAUGAAUCAUCACUUGAUCAGAAACUAUGCUGAGGUAACCUGUGGCAUUCACUGAGUCUUCUAAAGGAAUCAAGAAGCCCAGAGUACGCCAGGAAAACAUGUUCCAAGUCAUAACUCCAACACCAGAGACCUAGACAGUUGGGAUCACACAAAGGGUCAAGUAGGAGCUGAGAACUAUUUCAAAACAAAAUUCAGCCAGUUUUUGAUUCACUACCACAUAAGAUGCAUUUGAGGUCGAUUAGAUAAGCUCAUAAAGGAACGUUCCUGGCUUUCUAUAUCUCCCGGACCAACAGACUGUGCUCAAGUUUUCCUAAACGGACAUCGUACAAGUGGAGCAUAUCCUAUCUGGAUCAUGUCAUCCAAGACUGUGGAGAGUUUAAAUGUUAACUAUGAUAUGGAUACUGGCGUGGACUGUUCUGCCAAGGAAGUGCUGAAAAUGUUCAGAACUUUGAAACAUCUAUUUAUGGUGGCUCUGAUUGGCCAAAAUUAUGGAAUAACGAGCAGUCAGAACCUGGAACAGUGUGGAGUAUCCUCGUUGACAGGCAUGCUGGAUUCGAUCACGUAUUUGGUUUCCAACGUGAAAGACCAGUUACAAAACAAAGUCACGAAGGAAAGGUCCUGUCUUCCUAUAUCUCCUGGACCAACAGACUGUGCUCAAGUGUUUCUAAAUGGACACCGUACAAGUGGAGUGUACCGUAUUUGGCCCACACCAUGGGAGACUGUGGGAAGUUUAAAUGUUUAUUGUGAUAUGAAUACUGAUGGAGGAGGUUGGACUGUUAUCCAAAGAAGAGGAGAUUAUGGAAACCCCACAGACUACUUUUACAAACCUUGGCAGAAUUAUAAGCAGGGAUUCGGGAACAUUGCAAAGGAUUUUUGGCUAGGAAAUGACUGGAUAUUUGCCAUAACGAACCAAGGAAACUAUUCUAUCCGGUUUGACUUAAAGGACAAAGAAAAUAACACGCGCUACGCCAUUUACCAAAAUUUUUGGAUCGACAACGAGAGUCAUCUAUAUCGCUUGCAUGUAAAUAGCUACAGCGGGGAUGCUGGUGACAGUUUUGGGCAUCACAGCGGUUAUAACUUCUCUACCAAAGACAGGGAUCACGAUACUUAUGACACCAGCUGUGCACAAAAGUUCAAAGGAGGUUGGUGGUACCUUAAUUGUCAUGGGUCAAACUUAAACGGACUCUACCUCAAUGGUGAGCAUGAAAGCUAUGCUGAUGGAAUAAACUGGAAAGAAUGGAAAGGUUAUCAUUACUCUCUUACAGAAGUGGAAAUGAAGAUACGACCUCUCAACUUUGACCCCUUCGAAAGGGAAACCGUUUAAAGUGUAUAAUGUGAAAUAACAAAAUCUCGUUAAUCAGUCA